AUGUUUCCCUCGCGAACUAUCCUACGAGCGCGUGCUCUACUAUUUGCGCUCGUCAUCGUAUUCACGCUCGUUUGGUCCUAUUCGCGCUGGCACACCUAUCCUCUUACCGAGCAAGCCCCGAUCACACGCCCUGUCUCCAACGACAGGCAUACGGAAGGCCACAUCCAAUUUUGGCGCCAAUUCCAGCCUCUGCUGACUGCCAAUGAGCCAAAAUGUGAACCACCUUUGAGGCUAGGAUCGGCACCUUCCAUCCGAUUCGAGCAGUCGAACCCCGAGGAUCGGCCGGAGCUGCUGGACAUGCUUCCAUUCGACGUGGAGACUAUGAAGAAUAAACACCGCGACUUUGUCACCGCGAUCAACACCAACCCACCUCAACUCAACUAUACCCGCAACACACGAGGCUUGGUUUCUACGGCGGGAGGCUCAUACUUGCCGGUGCUGGUAAUCUCGCUUCGGAUGCUUCGCAGAACCGGUUCAAAGUUGCCGGUUGAGGUCUUCCUCGCAAAUGAGGAGGAGUAUGAAAAGCACGUAUGCGACCUGGUCCUUCCAUCUUUGAACGCACGAUGCGUGGUAUUGUCGGAAAUUCUCGAUGCCGUCUCCGGAGAUAUGGAAAUCCAAAAAUACCAGUUCAAGUUGUUCGCCAUGCUGUUCUCCUCAUUCGAAGAGAUCCUUUUCUUGGAUGCCGAUGCGUUCCCGCUGCAGCGACCGGAAUUGCUAUUUGCAAAUGGACCUUUUCCCUCGACGAAUAUGGUCACUUGGCCCGAUUUCUGGGCCUCCACUGUAUCGUCGUACUACUACGAGAUCGCCUCCCAACCUUAUCCCGAAAACGCCGUCCGGCAGUCCAGCGAGUCCGGAGAAGUCCUCAUUUCGAAGAAGACGCACAUGAAAACCCUUCUGCUGAGCACCUACUACAACAUCUGGGGUCCCGAUUUCUACUAUCCCUUGCUAUCCCAAGGCGCAGCCGGAGAAGGCGACAAAGAAACAUUUGUCGCCGCCGCCAUGACGCUCCAGGAGCCGUACUACCAAGUCUCGGAGCCGAUUUGCGCCAUCGGCCACGGCACCGAAGGCGGUCUGGCCGGCUCGGCCAUGGUCCAGUUCGAUCCCAUCGAGGAUUACGCUCUGACACAGAAGGGAGAAUGGCGCGUCCAUGGCUCCAAGGCCCCGGCUCCCCGGGCCUUCUUCAUCCACGCCAACUUUCCGAAGUUCAACCCUGCCACAGUGUUCGACAAGCAAGCCGUGAACCCAGCUUUUGCCGAUGAUGGUAGCUACACCCGCGCGUGGACUAUCCCCGAUAAUGUGGUCCGGGCGUUCGACACCGACGCCGAAAAGCAGUUCUGGGAAGAGAUCCUUUGGACCGCCUGCGAACUCGAGGAUAAGUUCAGCACCUGGAAAGGCAAAAAGGGCAUUUGCAAGGGAGUCACGAGAUAUUGGAAUGCCAUGUUCGGGAUUGGGCAUUCUCGAUGA